AUGGAGAAGAAUAGACUUAUAUUGCUCAUUGUGGGUGUGUUAUUCCACCUUCUCUAUCUAUGGUCGAUCUUUGAUAUUUAUUUCGUGAGCCCGUUGGUGCAUGGAAUGGAGAACCAUUUGUCCACGUCCAGACCUCCAGCGAAGAGAUUGUUCUUGAUUGUUGGGGAUGGCCAGAGAGCUGAUAAGACUUUGGGACAAGUGCUGCAUCCUGUGACAGGCGAAACCACUUAUUUGGCUCCUUUCCUGAGAAACGUCAUUUACAAUGAGGGUACGUACGGUAUCUCGCACACUAGAAUGCCCACGGAAUCACGCCCGGGGCACGUUGCCAUGAUCGCAGGCUUCUAUGAGGACGUCUCCGCUGUCACCAAAGGCUGGAAGGAAAACCCCGUUGAUUUUGAUUCGGUUUUCAACCAGUCGGCUCAUACUUACUCUUUCGGAUCUCCUGAUAUUCUUCCCAUGUUUGCCGACGGUGCCAGUGAUCCAAAUCGUAUCGACACUUGGAUGUAUGGCCAUGAAUUUGAGGAUUUCACACAGUCUUCGAUCGAGCUGGAUGCCUUUGUGUUCAGAAAUUUGUAUGAAUUGUUUGACAAUUCUACGAAGGAUGCCAAAUUGUACGAUCAGAUCCAUCAAGACGGAAACGUCUUUUUCUUGCAUCUAUUGGGAACUGAUACCUCCGGCCACAGCUACAGACCAUACUCUGCUGAGUACUACGACAACAUCAACUACACCGAUAAGCAAAUUGAGAAGCUUGUUCAAAUGGUGCCAGAAUUCUUUGGUGAUGAUGAUACUGCUUUCGUUUUCACUGCAGAUCACGGAAUGAGUGAUUUUGGCUCUCAUGGUGACGGUCACCCAGAUAACACCAGAACACCACUCAUUUGCUGGGGUGCCGGUAUCAACAAGCCUGUUAUUUUGACCAAGCCAGUCGAUGACCCUGAGGGUUACAUGGACUCCUGGGCACUUUCUCACAUCAAGAGAAACGAUGUUAGCCAGGCAGAUAUUUCCUCGUUGAUGGCAUAUUUGAUCGGAGCCAACUACCCAGCUAACUCUGUUGGAAAGCUUCCCCUGGAGUAUCUCGAUGUUCCUGAUUCCGAGAAGGUGACAUCCUUGUACAAGAAUGCUCUAAGUAUUCUGGAACAAUACUGGGUCAAGCGUGCAGAGGUUGCCUCUAGACAGUUUGGCUUUGAAGAGUUCCCAAAAUUUGCUAACCCUCCAGUUUCUAUGAGAGUCAAGGCCAUAGAGCAUUAUCUCGAAGCCAAUGAGGAAGGUCAGAUUGAAAGCGAUCCCCAUGCUUUGGAGGAAAUCGAUAAGUUGAUCGCCGAUACACUGGAAGGUUUGGAUUAUCUACAGAAAUACAACUGGAAAUUCCUACGGUCUGUAGUGACUUUCGGAUUCGUGGGAUGGAUUUUCUACUCGUUCUCAAUUUUCUUGCAAUUGUUCAUUGUUCCGCGUUCAACUGAGAACUCUGGAUGGUUAAAUCAUCUCUUUUUCGGGGUCAUGACGGGAGCAUUAUCCUACAUUCUAUUCUACCAAAGGUCGCCACCGAACUACUACCUAUAUGCUUUAUUUCCAGUUGUAUUCUGGCAUCAAAUAGUGUGCAAGAGAAACAGUUUCAUCUCGGGAGUCUCAAAGUUCUUCUCAGGACAGUCAAAACCAACCAUUCUGCUCAUUUCUGUCGGUGUUAUUGCUGUGUUUGAGAGCAUCACCUACGGUUUCUUCAACAGGGCCAUUUUCAGCGCAUUAUUUAUUGUUCUUGGUUUGUACCCGGUGCUUUUUGGCAUUCCAUUUUUCAAACAGCUGCUUCCUUGGUUUCUGUCAUGUGCUGCAAUGGCUUUCUUCCCUUUGCAAAAUCCUGUCAAAGUGGAAAGCUUGGUACAAAUUUUGAUUGGAGGAGCGUUGAUUCUUUUGUUCGCGGUCGUUGGAUUCUUGUACAUUUUGAAAGUGUCACACGUUGAAAGGUACACUGUUGUACUGGUCGUUAUUCAGAUCCUCUUGGUUGUGGCUUCAAUGUGGUCUACCACCGAAGCAGUUGAGUCUUUGCAAGCCAGAGAUGGUCUUCCUCCAAGAGCUCAGAUAGCUGGCUGGGCGAAUCUGGUCAUAUCUCUCAUUCUUUUGCCAAUCUUACACACUUUCCAAUCAAACAGCGAUUACCUUCUGCGUUGCUUGAUCAUCUUCCUAUCGUUUGCUCCCACAUUCGUGAUACUGGCCAUAUCUUUUGAAGCCCUGUUCUACGUUGGCUUCUCCGCAGUGAUCCUACAGUGGAUCGAAAUUGAGUCUUCCAUUCUCAAAAUCAAGGUGAGCCACCACAAGUCUGCCAAUCACUGGAUGCAAGUGCUACGUAUCUCGGUGAUUGGGUUUUUCUUGAUGCAGAUUGCGUUUUUCGGGACCGGUAAUGUGGCCUCCAUCUCGUCUUUCUCGCUGGAUUCUGUCUAUAGACUGCUUCCAAUCUUUGACCCAUUUCCUAUGGGUGCAUUGCUAAUGGUCAAGCUCAUUAUUCCAUAUGUUUUAUUAUCUGCGGGCUUGGGUAUCAUGAAUCACAAGCUGGAGAUUGACGCUUUCACCAUCUCCACACUCAUUAUCUCCAUCAGUGACAUUCUUUCACUCAACUUCUUCUACCUCGUGAAGACUGAAGGAAGUUGGCUGGACAUCGGAGUCACCAUAUCUAACUACUGUCUGGCUAUCCUGUCUAGUUUGUUCAUGCUCAUAUUAGAACUGGUUAGUAACGUUCUUCUCAAAGGUGUCGAAGUGGCAGAUUCCAAAUCUCAAGCAAGAUUGAGAUCAAAGCUCGAAGUGACCUUCAAAGGCUACGAGGACGUUGUUCGCAUCCAGAACGAUGAUAGACCAAUCUCCCAAAGAGUCAGAAGAAGGGCCGCUAAAAAAUAG